AUGUCUUUCUCGGACGAUACCGAGAGACGCAAUCCAGUAAAGCGACUAACCGCGACCAUUGGGAGGGAUUCUGAUGCAUCGGAGCCACUUAACGCCGCUGCGUUCAAUUUCAGCAUCAAAGAUUUGGCAUUGCUGCACCAUUGGACCGUGUGCACGAGUGUCGAUAUUUACAAGACUCCUGAGCUCGACUCUUUGUGGCAGGUCGUUUUCCCCCAGAUCGGCUUCGAAUACCCCUUCGUGGCCCAUGCUAUUCUGAGUCUGGCUGCACUCCACCUCGCGUUUAUCGAAGGCUCGAAAAACAGCCGGUAUGUCCUGGAGGCAACCCGCCACCACGAGGAAGCUCUCAAGGGGUUUCAUGAGGUCGUCCGCCACGUCAGCGUCGAAAACAGUGAGGCGCUACUCGCGUGGUCGCUUGUCAACGUCCUUUACGUGUUUGGCAUUACAAAGCAGCUCGCCGACAGCGUCGAGAGUAGCUCGCCUCGUCUUCGGAAGGACCGCGUUUUGGGUACUGAAUGGAUUCCGAUGAUUCGCGGGGUCGACGCCGUUCUUGGUCCGACCUACGGGCACCUACAAAAUGGCCGAAUGGCCCGGAUCAUGGACCUUGGAAACUGGUCCGAUUUGGAUCCCGACCAUGCCGCCCCAGAGGAAAUGGAUAUUCAGCUCUGCCGCGCCCGAGAAACGUGGAGCAACAGCGGCGACACCGAAGUCUACGAAGAGGCGCUCCGGAUUCUGAGGAAAUGCCGCAUGUUUAUUCUGCAGUUCGAUUCAAUGGACUCUCGAACUCUACAGGAAUGGAACUGUAAUAGGGGCUGGGCAGGACCGCUUGCUUUCAUCCACUUUGCACCACAGCGAUACUUCACUCUGCUGCAUCAAAGGCAACCCCAGGCUCUAGUUCUAUUUGCCUAUUUUGGUGUACUACUGCAUGGAUUGAAUCAUCACUGGUUUUUGCAAGGCUGGGGCAAGGAUAUUGUCGAAGUUAUUGAUGAGUUGCUUGGUAGUUACUGGAGGCCGUGGCUGGUUUGGCCGCUUCAAGUUGUUGGAAUCAGUUGA